ACGACAAAUUAAAGAACCGAAUCAUAAUCAUAAAAAAAGCGAAGGAAUCUACACGGAAUUGACAACUGAUAAAUGUAUAUUUUGUUUAAAGUUUGAGAUUUAUAAAUAUUUAUACUUAGUUAGAUAAGAAUGGCAGAUCAUGAUGAAAUGAUUGCCCACUUUAGGGAUGUUACGGGAGUUGAUAACGACAGAGCUCGAUUUUUCUUGGAAUCCUCGGUUUGGCAAAUCGAUGUUGCUCUUGCCAGUUUUUUCGAGAAUGAUUCGGAUCAGAUAAAUUUACCGCCUGAGCGAGACGCACAAAGAACUCAAGAAGAAAAUUUGUACGAAGAUUCGGGCGACUUAGCAGCUAGACCACAAGAAUCUAUCCCUGUAGAAAUGAAGAGUUCUAAAUCCUCCAAGCAAAAGGCAACAAAGAAAAAGUCAAACUUUAGUACUAUUAGAGAUUUUCAAAAUCAGGAUAGCAGCUCAGAGGAGGAAGGACAAGCUUUUUACGCUGGUGGAUCUGAAACCAGUGGGCAGCAAAUUCUAGGACCUGAUAAAAAGAAUGACAUUGUAACAGAUAUGUUUAAAGCCUGUCAAAGUCAAUCAGUUUCUGCUGAGCCAAGUAAGCCAAGUGCUCACCACAGACCAAAUACAUUUAUGGGUACUGGAUAUAAGCUUGGAAUGACAAGCGAUGAUACUGAAGUUGUCACAUCUUCACCAUCUGAAAGAAGACCAUCAACUGGACUUAUAACUCUGAGAAUGUGGCAAAAUGGUUUUACCAUUAAUGAUAGAGAAAUUCGACCAUACAAUAAUCCAGAAAAUAGAGAUUUUCUUGAAUCAAUUAAGAGGGGUGAAAUACCAAUGGAAAUUCGUCAAGAAGUACAAGGUGGUGAAGUUCGUUUAGAUAUGGAAGAUCAUCGUCAUGAAGAGUAUGUUCCUGUAAAAAACAAAGUCAAAGCCUUUACUGGUAAAGGACAAAUGCUUGGAAGUCCUUCUCCAGCUACAGUAGGAAUGACAAUACCAACUGAUCCAGUUGAUCAAGCUGCCAAUGAAGCAUUAGCUAGAAGUCAACUAAAUCUCAAUACAGAGCAACCAGUAACAACUAUUCAAAUUAGAUUAGCAGAUGGUAGCAAUGUGAGAGUUCAAUUCAACCUUACACAUACAAUUGGAGAUAUCAGACGAUAUAUCACAACUAUGCGACCACAAUAUGCACUCAGGGAAUAUGCUUUACAAACAACUUUCCCUACUAAAGAACUUACUGAAGAAGAUAAAACUAUUCAAGAGGCAAAUCUUCAAAACUCUGCAAUAAUGCAACGACUGAAAUAACUAAUGUAUAAAUAACUAGUUGCUUUAUUACUACUUUGAAUAAAAUCUUUAUUACAAUUCUACUAAAUAAUUCUUUUAAAAUAAAGUUUUUACAAAUUGAAUUGUACAUCAG